UUGUUGAAAACAAUAGGAUUUUUGUACAGAAUUAGUUCAUAUUUCGAAGAAUUUAAUACAUCAACAUAUUGUGCGUGGCUGGGUACAUAUCCAGUAAUUGUCACUAUAGACCCAGAUAUCAUCAAAACUGUUACAUCAUCACCGGAGUUUUUAAACAAAGCGGAAGUUUUAUAUAAUCCUAUUGAUAAGGCUAUACCGAAGGGAAUAAUUACCAGCGAAGUUCAUACAUGGAAACAUAAUCGCAAACUAAUUAAUACCUAUUUCAAUAAUAAAUUACUGAUGAGCCUUAUUCCGCUUUUUAACCGAGGUGCGAAUACUAGCGUUAAACGGUUGAGUAAACUUUCAAAUGGUGGCGAACAUAAGCUAUUUGAUCUUAUUAAACGCGGUACACUUGAGAUAGCGAUAGAAGCUACUAUGGGCAUUGACAUGAGCGAAGGUGCCUGUGAAAAUUAUGAGCUUAUCGAUUCAUUUACGGUUUUAAUGGAAAGAAUCGCCAAAGAUGCUGCAUGUUCCACGUUGGGUCUUGGUUUCUUAGCGCGCACACCUGGUUAUUACAAGGCGCGUCGCUUUUUGCGUAAUUAUAUGAAUAAGUUGAUAGAAGAGCAUACGAACAAUAAUAAUAUGCCUAAAGUUGAAGAAUGGCAGUAUGAUGAAGAUACAAUGAGCUCAUUUUUAGAUAUUGCGCUCAAUUAUUGCAAUAAUGGAAAAUUUAAAAAGGAAGAUGUCAUCAUGGAAUCUAUCAGCUUGAUUGGCGCGUCCUUCGAAACAGUUGCCACCGCAAUUUAUUCUGGCUUAGUAAUGUUGUCUAUGCAUUCGGAUGUACAAGAGAAACUUUUCCAAGAAAUCCAUUCUAUAUGGCCAGAAAAAGACAUCCACGUUACUUACGAGCAUCUGAAAGACGUUCCCUACUUAGAUAUGGUGAUGUCGGAAACGCUACGACUUAUGCCAUCGAUACCAAUAGUGGGACGUCAAGCUAUACAUCAAACAAAAUUAACGUCAGAAUUAAUUUUGCCACCAAAAAUUCAAGUAAUAGUACCUAUAUUCAGUUUGCAUCGUGCGGAAACUUGGUGGGGACCAAAAGCACAUCUCUUCAAUCCUGAAAAUUUUCUGCCUGAAACCAUAGCCAAACGAAAUCCAUAUGUAUAUAUGCCGUUUUCAAAAGGCGCCAGAAACUGCAUUGGCUGGCGUUAUGCUGAGAUCGUAGUAAGGAUUUUGCUUAUAGUGCUCGUCCGGAACUUCAAAUUCACCACAUCAUUCAAAUAUCAAGAUCUACAUUUCGUAGACCACGUAAGUUUGUGGUAUGACGUUGAACCAAAUUUAAGCAUUGAAUUAAGAAAAAUAUGAAGCAUCAUGUAAAUUAAAGCGUUACAAAUUAAUAAACAAAUAUUUCAGAUGAAUUUGAAAUUAUUCAUAGAAAAAUAUACAUAUGUAUAUCUAUGUAAAUAUACAUUUCAAUGCUCAUAUUGUAGUCGAAUUAAAUAAAAAAUGUGAUCUGUCUAUGAAAGAUAACAGUUUGCAAGUAUUUAUAAUUAUUAAUUUUUUGUAUUUAUUCAUUUUAACAUUAAAUAAAAAAUUCUAUUUUAUUUUAUGUAUGUAUGUUUGUAAAAUAAAUAAACAGUUUUUUCUUUCAUAUCAAUGGAUAACUGCGACUAAAACUGAUUAGGUUUUAAAUAUCAAACUUGAUUAAAUAAGAGAAAAAGAAAUUUAAACUUUUACUUUCAUUGGUUUCUUCAGUUUUGGAAAAAGGAAAAAGUCGCUGGGAGCCAAAUCUGGUGAAUACGAUGUUUGAGGCAUGUUUACGCUUUCGUUUUUUAUCCAAAAAAUUUUUAGUGAUUAGCAUUGAUGUGUGAGCUGUUGUUUUUCCACAAUUCCAAUCGAUUGAGCAGUGUUGCUUCAUGCAAACGUUGCAUAAUUUCCUUGUAGUAUCCCUUUUUAACUGUACGACUUUUUUGCAGGAAACCAUAAUGCACCACACCAUUAUAAUCAAAGAGAACAGUGAGCAAAACCUUCACGUUUGAUCGAACUUGAAGUGCCUUUUUCUCUAGCAGCUUGUAUGGGCCCUGGUUUUGAGGUCAUAACCAUUUACCCAUGGAUCUUUGUUGAGUCAACAACUCCUGAGCGAUACUAAUGAGACUUGCUUUUGCUCAAAAUUUAGCAAUUUCGAAACAAGCUUCGCUGCCACAAAUCUCAUGCCCAAAACAUUCGAGAAAAUUGAAUAGCAUGAGCCAAUUGAUAUGCCAACAUCCUCCGCAACUUCCCUAUAGUGAUUCAAUAAUUUUCAAGAACAAUUUUUUCACUCUUUCGUUAUUUUUAUCGCUUGUUGACGUAGUCGCAUUUCCAGGAUGCUCAUCGUCAUCAACGACUUCUUGGCCUUCUGUAAAG